CAGCCCCUCUCUCUCUCUGAAAUGUUGACAUCGAUAUUUUUUUCUUUACACAAUUAUUCCAGUACCUUAUUACAAAUAUAAAAAGAAAAAAUACUUUGCCACUCAAUUAUCGUAUAUUGGUGUACGAUUCCUACCUAUGUAUCGUACAUCGUACAAACAGCCAUAUUAUCGUACAAAUACGAUAAUUGUCGUACAAUUAACAUCACUGCACCACAGCUGUCCCCACUCCCGACUGCCACCACAACUGUCUCCGCUGCUGAGUGCCACCACAGCUGUCCUGCUGCUGACUGUCACCACAGAUGUCCUUGCUGCUGACUGCCACUGCAGCUUUCCCUGCUGUUUAAACCUCAACUCAUCCUCUGCAGCCCCUGCCUCGGACUUGGGAACAGACUGCAGUCUGCUAUUUGUCAUGGCUAUUAGCACACUAUCAAGAAUCAUAUAUCUCACUGCUGCUCGGAAUGCCCAUUUACAACCUUUCCACCAUGGGCUGUUCCUUCCUGCACCCAGCCACUACCUCAGUCAGUCCCUCACAGUCAACUCUGCUUGCCAGUCCCAGUCUCUUGGUAGACUUUGGGGGAAAGGAACUGUUUCUUUCCAGUUGAUUCCUAGUGUCAGAAUCAAGAGUGCUGAAACUUACUGUCAGACCAUUGCCUCUUGUAGGAAUGGCAGGAAACACUUAGUGCAGGGUAUUCAGAGAGCUGUCAAGAAAACCUGCAGGACAAGUGUGAAAAGGAGUAGAGUUGCAUGGCAUACUGCCUCAUUGGGUAUGGCAUUUUUGGCUCCAUCUUUGAUGCAUGAAACUGAAAAGCCAGUGCCUGUCCAAGUCAUACAACCAGAAAUAAAGCGAAAGAAGAGAGGAUGGUGGUCACAGCUGUUUGUCAAUAUGUAUGAGUUUCUGUGUGUUUGUCUUCGGGCUUUACGGCUGCUAGCAACAUUUGCACCCAUCCUGAUGCUGUAUCCUGUUACUUACUUGGGCAAAACAGCCACUGACACCUGGUGGGGACUGCUUCUGAUGGGAAUUGAAUGUUCUGGUCCCAUCUUGAUCAAGUUGGGUCAAUGGGCCUCUACUCGGAGGGACUUGUUCCCGGACACCUGCUGUUCUCAAUUCUCACGGCUGCAGCGCCGCAUCAAGCCACACUCCUGGCGCUUCACCAAGUGUCAGCUGAGGAGAGCCUUUGGGCCUAAUUGGAGAAAGGUCUUUGUCAAGUUUGAUAAUGAUGGGAACCCCAUUGGUUCAGGCUGUGUAGCACAGGUGUACAAGGUGUGGAUGAGUGCAGAGGCAAUCCCAGAUGAGGAACUGCUGGAAGAGAUCCUCUCAGAGAUGGAUGAUGAAGGCAGCAUCUUGGAAGGUCUAGAGGUGAUGGGACUAAGACAACUAUUUAGUGCGGGCCUUGGCCUGCUUGGCAUCGGCAGCAAGAUGGAUCAUGACAACCUACUUGCUCUGAAGGAGUUCUAUCAAUGGAGAGAAGAGAGGAGGAGCAGUGAGAGGGAGAGACAGAAACUCCUGGAACUUGAAGCUCACCAAGCUGCUCAAGACUCAGAGGAACCCUCAUCAACAUCUGAAGCAGACAAGGAACUCCCAUCAGUAGACAGCCUGACCUCAGAGGAAAGUGAGGUGGAAGUAAGUCCCUGUCAGGCUGAGGAUGCUGCACAGACACAGGCACAGGAAGCAGGAGACAUAGAAGAUGCACCCACACACCAGCUUGUGGAGGUUAGGGGUUGUGAGGUCCAAGAAUGGCAGGAGGCAGAGCUGGACAAGUCCCUGCCAGUGAGUGAGGGACCGCUUGAGGACAUGGAAGGCCUCGUACCAGUGGCUGUCAAGGUGCUGCAUCCUGGCAUCGCUGAGACAUUUAGGAAGGACUUGAGGAUCCUGAAGGCUUGUGCCAGCUUUAUCACCAUCCUGGUUCCCCCACUGAGAUGGCUCUCCCUCCCUCAGUGUAUUGAGGAAUUUGGCCAAGUCCUGGCAGCACAGAUUGACUUGAGAGUUGAAGCUCGUAAUCUGGAAAAUUUCUCUGAAAACUUUGUUGAUGUCCCCUUCAUUAAGUUUCCUCGGCCACUUAGACCUUACGUGACAUCUAAGGUAUUAGUGGAGACCUUUGAGGAAGGGGAGGCCAUGCUGGAUGUGAUGAGGGCAUCAGAGGAGAGCGACACAAGCCAGCUCAAGAAGCGCCUUGCAGAGAUUGGUGUGGAUGCUCUGCUGAAAAUGGUAUUUGUGGAUAACUUGGUGCAUGGGGAUCUGCACCCUGGUAACUUACUGGUGCAGAACAUCACUACAGGGACUGCCACUGGGGACCAGGUGAGGGUCAUGAUGGUGGACAUUGGUUGUGACACUUUUGUGAUGGAUGUGCAGCCAGAUCCCAACCCACUACGUAUCUGUUUCCUUGAUUGUGGAGUCACCUCCAGACUCACCCAGCAAAACCUGGCUAGAAUCCGGGCUGUUUUCAAGCAAGUCAUCAUUGGAGAUGGAGAGUCUGUGGCUGAACUGUUCCUGAAACAUAGUGAGCAUGAGUGUGCCGACCAUCAGGCAUUCAAGGAGGAUGUGGACAGUCUUGUUCAGGCAGCCCGGGAGAGUACUGUGUCCCUUUCCCAGGUGGAUGUUGGGGUAUUGCUGCAGCAAGUGCUGGGGGUGCUGCUCAAACACAAAGUACGGCUUGAAUCUGCCUUUAGUGCAGUGGUCUUAGCAAUAUUUGUGCUGGAAGGCCUUGGCCGUGCGCUAGACCCAGACAUGGACAUCCUUGAGCGGGCACGACCAAUCCUAAUCACAAACAAGCUCUCGUGAGUGAUAGAAACUUCCUGUCUUCAUGUCAGGCAGAAUGUUGGUGGGUGGGUAACUUCAGCAAUACAUACUUCACUGAUUUUUGUAGGUUUCACAUUUCAAGUUAUUGAAAGAGAAAUUAAUUACUUAAUAUCUUUAAAGAAAUGUGAAUUAAUCUCAUACACCAUAAAUUAAUCAUACUUCUGUAUUCCAGGACUAUGGAAAUAAAAGAGAUGAAAGUGCCAUAUUAAAAUAUAUAAAUGUAUAUAUUUUUUUGUUGAACUGAUACAGUUGUGAUAUCACAUAAAUGCUCAUUUAUCAUUGUAAUAAUAAUAAUAAUAAUAAUAAUAAUAAUAAAUAAAUAAAUUAUAAUAAUGUUGGUGAUAGUAAUAUAAAAAAAAUUGAAAAAUAAAGAAAUAAUGUUAAGUUUGAUGCACUAGUAUCUUAAAAUCAUUAAGUAUACAGGGUGUAACAUGAAGUUCUGCAGAUAUUGCUGAAGGUUGAAUCUACAGGUUAUCGUAAGUGGAGAAAUUGUAGUUUUCAACUGCAUGAUAAGUGUCUAGCUUUGACACCAGAAAGUACUGUGGAGAUGCAUUUGUAAAUCUAACAUUGGUAAGAAUUGCACCAUUUCUUUACACAACGAUGUGAAGUUAACUAGUGCCCAAGAUGCUACACAUAAAAAGGUAUUAACAUUGUAUUAUCAAAAGUUAAGAAUUUUGUUAUUAUGCUUCAGUGGGUGAGUCAGGAUUGGUUACAUGAUUUAAAUAGACUUAUAUAUCUAUCAUAAGGAUCAUAAGGAUUAAGAUCAAACAAUAUUGCUGAGGUUUCUCUCUCUCCAAAUCAAGGUCACUAGUAGGAACAUGAACUGUUUUUCACACCAAACUUUUUUGUCACUAGUAGGAACAUGAAAUGUUUUUCACACCAAACUUUUUGCACAGUAGUCAUUAGUCUGAAGACUGGUUCACUGGUUCAAGACAACAUAAUGAAUAAAAGCUGAUAAUACUUAAUGCACAAUGCUUGGGCUUAAAAGUACAAUUCCAGAUUCACAUUUUUCUUGGUAUUUGGAAAACACACACCUUUCCUUAAAGUAGAGUUUCAGAAAGCCAAUCAUAAAUUUAAAAUACUAUACAUUUUGCAAGUAAACUUUUAAUGAAAGUUCUGAUAUAAAAAGAAAUUGUAAUUUUCAGUAAUUUGGAAUUUUGAAUUCUGGAUGGUUGCAACUUGUUUCAUAAGUGAACUACAAACAAGAACAUUAUUGUAUGAAAAGUUGACUGCAUAUCUAUUUUUAUGAUUUAAACAUUUAAAAACAAAGGCACAAGAUUUAAACUAACAAGCAAGCAACACUGAAUCCUCUUUUGUUUCUUAAUCCCACAAACACAGAAAUGAACAUAACUUAGCAUAUAUGUAACUGUAUGACAUUCUUCCUUGUUCAUAAGUUGCAAGCUGCCUAUUUCCCUUACCAAGCCAUGCAAACCUUGCCUCCAUUUGCAUUAAUACAACUUGAUUUUCUAUAGGAAACAAAGUUAUUGCUGACUCAGAAUUUAAAGAUUAUCAAAUGUAAACAUCUUGCAAAUUUGAGACUUGUAGGCACCUUUUUAUGUAUGUUGUAUUGUAUAAGAUACAACAUGGAUUCAUAAGGUGUAGACAUGUGCCACUACAAAACUAAAAUUGUAAUUACAUUUUAAGCUAAUUGAAUAAUUAUACCUGAAGUAUAAGUAUUUUUAGUCAGAUGUGAGCUGCAUUUGGUAACAAUAUUGAUUCCCCAAGAAAAUUGCUUUUCACAAUUUCAUUGAAGUAUGGGUUGAAAUUUAUGUUAGUUAUGCAUGAUCAAGACUAAAUGCAGGCUGAGCUUAUCAAUUCACCAGUUAAAUAUCAACAGAACUGAGAAUGAAUCCUAUAGUUUGAUUACAUCAAAGUCUUGAGUAGCCAGCAGAAAUAGUUUUCCAUCACCUUACCUGUCCUUACAAUGCAUUUGUACAUCUCACUGGACUAACUACUUUAAGUUGCUCAUACAUUAAAAGAUGCAGCAUCA